CAAUUGCAUUGGACAGCAACACAAGUCAGAACAAAAGACACCAUGACCACCUACAAACAAUAGUUUCUAUUUUUAAUUAAAAAUUUGAAAUUUUUAAAUUGUGUGCAUUGUGAAUUUGGUAUAUCAAGAUCAAUGAAAAUACUAGUCUUUUUAUACUUUUUCCACAUGACAGCAAUAUCCACCUUUUGCUACAAUCCAUCCAACAAAUAUCUGGGGACAAAUCUUCUACAACAAAGAUACAUGAAAAAUACUUCAUGUAUUCAUCGUUUAUCUUCUUCAAGAUCAUUCACUUGUAGGUUUAUUCCUUUCAAACUUUGGGUGGCAAAUUCAAUGGAUGGAUUCAUAAGAACUCCAUACAGAGAUGAAAAGAGUGACAAACAUGUCAAAGUGCUUAAACAAGAAGCUUUUGUUGAUAGAUCAUCUGAGUUUCCGGCGAAGUUUUUGUUCCAAGAAGUGGAAUCAACUCUUAAUCAAUUGAGCAAGUGGAUAGUAACUAUCCUCUUUGGUGUUUUCAUUAUUUGGAGGCAUGAUGCAGAAGCAUUAUGGUUUGCUGCAGGGUCGAUUUUAAAUGCAAUGUUUUCCAUUUCACUCAAACAGAUAUUGAAUCAGAAAAGACCUUCAACCCUGAAAUCUGACCCUGGAAUGCCAUCUUCACAUGCUCAAUCCAUCUUCUUUACUGUCAUUUUUAUCAUAUUGUCAAGUAAUUUCUCUCACCUAUUAUUUCCAUUCAAAUUAAGUAAUCAUGACCUAAUUUUUUGUUUCUUUGAUGAUGCUGCAGGUGUUGAAUUGUUAAGAAUAAAUGAACUCACCAUUAGUGGUCUGGCUUUGGCAUUUGGGUCUUAUUUAUCAUACCUGCGGGUGUCACAGAAACUUCAUACAGUGAGCCAGGUGGUUGUUGGAGCAGUUAUUGGGUCCAUUUGCUCUAUCUUGUGGUAUUGGCUAUGGAAUGCUUUUAUGCUAGAUGCUUGUGUAUCCUCUCCGUGGGUCAGAAUCAUCGUUGUUUUGGGGACUGCAGGAAUUUGGUUAAGUUUUUUUUUACAUGUGAUUCGCCAAUGGCUUAAAGAUAAAUUAAAUGAAACUUGAUGAAAGUGUGAUACAACAUUAACACUGUAUUCUACCAUGCUGUAGAGCUAAAGCAUUUUAUUUUGAUUCAUUCAAAAUAGAAUUUUUACAAA